CGCCGUUGUCAUUUCACUGCCGCCUACGUCGUAUUCCUUAAGACGCCGGGCCAAGAAACGCUUACUAAACAAAAAUUAAUAAAAUUAUAAGAAAUUCUUGAUAUUCCGCUGAAAAAGUCUGCAAAACAACUGCCAAAAUGUCCUUCAAAGGCAACACCAAAGUACAAAAGGUGAUGGUACAGCCCAUCAAUUUGAUUUUUCGUUAUUUACAAAAUCGUUCCCGCGUCCAAGUGUGGCUGUAUGAAAACGUCAAUUUGCGCAUAGAGGGACACAUCGUGGGAUUCGAUGAAUACAUGAAUCUGGUGUUGGACGAUGCCGAGGAAGUUUGGGUGAAGACGAGGACGCGUAAAAACCUCGGACGCAUUAUGCUGAAAGGGGAUAACAUAACGCUAAUUCAAAAUGUUAGCCCGUCCAAAGAUUGAGGUUAAGUCAGUGCUGGAACAAUAAACAAACCAAGGGGGAAAUAUAGCCGCGGAGAGACAGUAACAAAAGCGCGAAUCUAUGAAGUCAACUGUCUCCAAAAGGCCUUGGCGUUUAUUCACUUUCUCUCCCGUACACUAGUAUAAGUUGUAUAAUUUAUAUAAACAAAUUAAUAAUCAUUUUUGUCUCCUUUAAGAUUCCCAUGUUUCCUUAUGAUUUUCCAUGUUUUUCCCUCUAGACACUAUAAAGACUUAAUGCAAAACAAAUGCUCUGCAGAUUUUGCGUUUUUGUAACAAAUACAAAAUCAUUGUAAAGGGUCUGUAUUGAAAGCAUUUAUACCUCAAAUUUUACAAGACAAAAGAGAAUGCAAAAACAAUAAACUUGAAUUUUAAAAGGAA